UUUAUGUUGCCUCUGUUUCAGGAGGGAGACCGGCGGAUGAAGAUGCAGAACAUGGUGAAGUUCCCUCUGAUGGGAAUGGACAUGGCACCUCACAUGGUGAAGAGGAGCCAGAGCAGCUGGAGUUUACCUUCCCAUUGGUCGCCAUGGAGACGCCCAUAUGGCCUUGGCAGAAACCCCGAUGACUACCUGUACGACCUGUACGCUGUGUGCAACCACCACGGGAACAUGCAUGGAGGACAUUACACAGCGUACUGUAAGAACUCCAUUGAUGGUCAGUGGUACUGCUUUGAUGACAGCGAGGUUUCCCCAGUACCUGACGAAGACGUGUGUCAGCAGACGGCCUACAUACUGUUCUACCAGCGGAGGACUGUCAUUCCCUCCUGGUCGGCCAACAGCUCUGUUGCUGGCUCCACCAGCUCCUCCCUGUGUGAUCACUGGAUCAACAGGUUACCUGGCAGCCGGCCGGCCAGCCUGGCCUCCGGAGCCUCGUCCAGACGCACCUCUCUGGCCUCACUGGCUGAGUCUGUGGAGUUCCCCGUGGAACGCAAUGAAGAUGAUGGAGGAUUCUCUAUCCGCCCCUUUGUGCGGAGCAUUCAGCGCCAGAGCCUGUCCUCUAGGUCUUCCAUUGCUAGCCCUUUAGCCUUCAGCGACAGCGGGGUGAAGCCUUCCUGGUCUCUGGCUUCGAAGCUGCAAAUGAGAUCCAACUCGCCCUCCCGUUUCUCCCUCGACUCUCGAUGUUCCCCUCCUCUAGAGAGGAUCGGAGAGGCAUGUGAUGACAAAGUCUCCACGUCCUGUUUUGGCAGCUACAGCAGACACGAGCGCUACUUUGGCAGCAGGUCUCCCCUCUCUAUGAUGGAGAGCAACUUCAACGACCAGGACAACAACAAGAGGUUCAUCGACAUGGUGUACUGCAGGGCUCCCACUCCAGUGGAGAAGAAGAGCACCAACAAUGAGGCAACUGAAAAUAACAACCAGAUUUCAGCUGUAGACCAAAACGUUCUUCCCGCCCAAGCUACUCCCUCCAAAGAACAGAAACGUAAGAGCAGUAUCGGGGGAUUUGCCUCAAAGGCGGAAAGCACAGGCUCAACGAAGUCUUCCAACAAAGUAGAGCAAGAGAAAACCUCCAAAAAGCGUUUGUGCUCGAUCCAUAAGGCCACCGCUGCUGAGACGUCUACCAGCACUCCUGUGAAAGGCAAAAAGUUAAGCAAUACUAAAGAAAAAACUGUAAGUGCCAAGAAAAGCAUCUCGACGCCCUCUGGGACUCCCUCCAAAACAAAGGUGGCGACUCAGCCUCUCGACGCAACGCCGCAGCGUAAGCCAUCAGUCCGCUCCACUCCUCAGUCCUCCGCUUCUCCCUCGCCAACGGCAAAGAAGAAUUCCAACCUCACAGAGAACAGCUGUAGCCGGAAAAGGCUUGUAGAGAGGAGCUUCAGCAGGGACUCGAUGCACACCAGUCCUCUGGUGGACAGUCUCCGAGACAGCUUGGCAAGCCGCUCCUCCUUCUCUAAGAGCGGGGAAAGUAAUAGGCCCGAGAGGAGAUCCGUGCGGAGCUCCAGCAGCAGCUCCUCCGUCACCAGCUUACGCUCCCCCAGCGUAUCCGCCAGAGACCUGCAGCGCAGCAGCAAAUCUGAGGAAAAGGGCCUGUCGUUCUUAAGGAGCGCCCUCCGACAAAGGGAAAGCCGCCGGUCGGCUGAUCUGGGGAAAAGCACCCUGGUCGCUAAGAAGGCCUCAGAGAGGACGUGCAAGCAGAACGGACAAGCUAAGGAUGGCGGUGGAGACGCAGGAAAGAAGGGCGACGCCGUGUCUCCACAGGCGCCUACUGAGAACAAGUCGGACACAAAGGAGUCUUUCAGGCCCCCCAGCUCUCUCAGUCGCUCUCUAUUAAACGUCGGCAAGUCCAAGUCUUCCACUUCUGAAGUAAGUCUCAAGUCUCCCGCUAACGGGAAGAAACCUCUGGAAAGGAUGGCAUCUUCCCGCAAGCUGUCGUCGAGCACGCAAUCUCCUGCACGUACAACAAAGAGGCCUCAAUGAUACAUUCGUAGUUUGAAACGAACAUGAUGCAGCUAUUUUCUUUGUGCCUGAGUUAAACUGAGCACCACAUGUAUUUGUAAAGAGACACUUUUUUGAUGUUAUGCUUCUGCACUCUGACAUCAAAUACUAGCUUUGAGGUUUGAGUACUGGCAGUCAGCUGUAGUGGAAAAAAAGAAAGUACUGUCAAUCAUCUGCAUAUUCAGAUGCCAAACAGUUGCUUGGCAUGCCACCAGUUCUAGUUUAAGGCUGUGCGUAUCCUUAUCAAUUACACUUUUUGAGCAUUAGGUAGGGUUUUCAUGCGAGUUAGACAAUCUGUCGACGUGUAAGAGCUUUUUCUGGCAAGGCAGGCACAUGAGCAUGCAAUACGCAUUCAGCUGUGCACCACUUCCUUUUUGGUUGUACUGGAGGCUUAUAUGACAGCUGUCAGAAUUGCCUUUUGGAAUCCAAUUAUAUUCCCUUCAGACAAGAGGCGUGUUAUCUCUUUGAAAUGCGGCAAACAUUAAGUUUAGUUUGCUUGCAAAAUAUCCUGCUGACAAAGUCGAAGGAUUUAAAACGCAGCAGCUUGUGCAUUAAGAGAAGUGAAUGGAGUAAGAAGCUUUUUCACCUUGUAUGCACCAACGAUAUGCUGUCUUGUAGGACAACGUUCUUUAGAUUCAGAUGGAAAUAAGAUGGCUGUUGAUGCUUAAACCUCACCGCUCUGAUUUCUAAGCAUUUAAUACAUAGAAAGCAGAAGCAUAACAUCAGAGAUCAUCUCCGGACAAAUUCUGAGUGAUGCUCUCUCACACACACAUACACACACACACAUACACACACAUACACACACACACACACACACACACAC